AUGAGGAUAUUGGCUUCUUUCGUGGCAUUGCUGCUGAGGGCUCGAGGAGUUGCCGCGGUCAAAAGGAACGAAGGCUCGUUGAAUGUGCAUCUGGUGUGUCACACCCAUGAUGAUCCCGGCUGGUUGAAGACGGUGGACCAGUACUUCUACGGCGCCAACAACACCAUCGCACACGCAGGAGUGCAGUACAUUCUGGACAGCGUCGUGAGCGCUUUGGAGGAGGAUCCGGAAAGGAAGUUCGUGUACGCGGAACAGGCCUUCUUGUGGCGGUGGUGGCGGCAACAGGACCGCCACAGAAAAGCGUCCGUGCGGCACCUGGUGUCGCAGGGACGGCUGUCCUUCAUCAACGGGGGGUGGGUGAUGCACGACGAGGCCGCGGCGCAUUACGUGGGCAUGGUGGACCAGACCCACCUCGGACACUCCUUCCUGAGGGAAGAGUUCGGGGAAGAAGCGUUGCCCAGGGUGGCCUGGCAGAUAGACCCCUUCGGACAUUCGGCCACGCAGGCUUCUCUGCUGGGGGCGCAGGCGGGAUUCGAUGCCCUUUACUUUGGUCGAAUCGACUAUCAGGACCGGGAGAAGCGGGUAGCCGAGAAGGAUAUGGAGAUGAUGUGGAGGGCCAGUCGGUCGUCCGAACAGGACGCCCAGAUUUUCACAGGAGUGUUUCACAGCGGAAACUACGGCCCACCGGUAGGUUUUUGCUUUGACCAGGCAUGCCAGGACGAGCCCAUGAUGGACGACCCCCUAAUGGUGGACUACAACGUCGAGAGAAGAGCGUCCGACUUUGCUGAUGCCUGCCAGGAGUUAGGUCGAAACACCCUUGGAGACGACGUGAUGCUGCAGAUGGGCGGUGACUUCGGCUUCGAGAACGCCGACGCUUGGUUCAAGAACCUCGAGAUUCUCAUGGCGGCGGUCAACAAAGAGGGACGGGUCAACGUGUUUUUCUCGACUCCGCAGCUGUACACGGAAGCGAAGCACGCCUCUGGGCUGGAGCUCUCCGUCAAGAAGGACGACUUUUUCCCGUACGCCGACUGCCCGGCCUCGUGCUCGAAGGAGCUCGAAUUGAGAGCAAACACUCCACAGCACUGCUACUGGACGGGCUACUUCACUAGUCGGCCUGGGCUGAAACGGCUCGAGCGCGUGACGAGCGGCUACCUGCAGGCCGCGCGGCAGCUCCUAGCCCUGGCGGGUGCAGCAGGAAGCGGAGGAGGAGGAGAUGACGCCGCAGGGACAGAUCGGGAAACCCUGGCAGCUUUCGAGAGGGCGCAAGCGCUAGUUCAGCACCACGACGGCGUGUCGGGCACCAGCAAGCAGCACGUGGCCGACGACUACGCCCAGCGCCUGGACCGCUCCAGGGUGCAGGUCGAGACCUUGGUGUCCUCCGCUCUUAGCCGUCUCGCAUUCGGCGGCAAAGGCGGGCAGCAGCAGCAGCAGCAGGGGGGGAUAGGGCUGGAGGACGGGGAGCGUGAUGAGGAUACGGGCCUCCCGCAGCUGAGACAGUGCAGGUUGGCCAAUGUCAGCACAUGCGACGUCACCAUGGAGGUGGAAGAUUCGUUCGUCGUGGUGGCGUACAACCCAUUGGCCCAGCGCCGCGCGGGAUACGUGGACGUGCCCAUAUCCUGGCCGGCAGUGGCCGUCACCGAUAACGCGGGUACGAAAGUCGAAGCUCAAGUCGUGCCUUUCCGACACAGCAACCUACUCCCGCCCCUCGGCGUUCACGGAGACCUGGGUGGGGAAGGGAGGGGACAGGGGCAGCGACCGGGUCAGCACCCGUACACGUUGGUGCUUCCGGUGGGGUUAUUCGGCCCGUUGGAGGCUAGAGCGUUUCAUGUUGCCAAGAAGACGGUCAAGGAUGGUGAUGACGACGACAGGCUUAGGGGCGAUGCAAAGUCAGCAGCAGGAGGAGGAGAGCGGCACAUUUCGGAGCCAAGCACCGAGGCAGAGGAAGGGCAGCUGCUGCACGAGCAAGCGGAGGGAGUAGCUGCGGCAGGGCUAGCAUCCGACGGUACCACGCCGAAGACCGGUAACAACGCGUGGGAGCAAGAGCGCCUAGGCUUGCCCGGGAGGGCCGGAGCGCAGGACUUCAGCAUAAGCAGCGAUCGAGUCACCCUGACCUUCAACGGCACCACCGGCCGGCUCUCCAGAAUGGAAACCCAUGCGGAAGCCGGCGGCGUCGUGGAAGGGUCGGGGGUGCUGGGGGGCACCGUGCUUGACGUCGACCAGGGGUGGUUCUACUACCCUACCUUUGACGGCGGGAGCGAUAACGCCGCGGGCAGUGAUCCUGGAAACCCGGGAGGGGGGGAACGAGGACUGUCGGCAGCAGCAGAGGCGUCGAGGCUACACGGGGAGCUUCGGGAGAGGCUGGACGCGCCGCAAGACCAGCAGAAGGGUGGGGCGUAUAUAUUUAGGCCCCAGGGGGCGGCGGGUCAGGCGGGCCGGGCAGUGGCGACGCCGGUGGGAGCAGGCGCGCAGGGGGGGGUGGGGGAGGAGGAGGAGGGGCGUAUGGUGAAAAAAUGGUGGGUGGAGGAAGGCCCUGUCGUGUCGGAGGUGCACCAGGUGUUCUCAGACUGGGUAACGCAGACAAUACGCCUCCGGCGCGGUGCCGCGGGCAAGGAAGUGAUCUCUCGCUUCUGGGCGCCGUCGCUAGCCUCCAAGGGCACCUUCUACACGGACUCGAACGGGCGAGAGUUCCAGAGGCGUGUCCGCAACGAGCGGCCGACUUGGGACCUCGACGUCACCCAGCCGGUGGCGGGGAACUACUACCCGGCAACCGCGGCCGUUUUCUUGCGGGACGAAGAAGGCGAUGACGAGGGCGACGAGGAUGCGAUGCAGCUGUCCGUCUUGACGGACCGUGCUGAAGGGGUCUCUUCUCUCGCAGACGGAGAGCUGGAGCUCAUGGCGCACCGGCGGCUUCUAACGGACGACCAGCGGGGCGUUGGCGAAGCCCUUAAUGAGACAACUGGCGCAAUAUUAGCAACAGUUCCAUCCGUACCACUGGGACCCUUGAUGCCUGAAGGUAUGAGCCACUUCCCGGACUGGAAGCGUGAGGGAGACGGCCAGGUGUUCCGAGGGACGCACUACCUAGUGAUUUCCAAGAAGGGGGACGGGAUGAAGGCCGUCCGCUCCCUCAUGGACGAGGUUUUCAGCCCAUUCCUCCCGGCGUUCGGACACGAAGUCGGGCGUGCCGACGGAUAUCCCCUGCCACCCCAAGGCGGCACCGUGGGCGGAAGCGCUGCAACAACAACAGAGGAAGCAGCGACGUCAACAGCAACGUCGCACGCAAUGGAAGCAGAAGAGGUGGUAGCGGCUUCUGCCGCAGCAACGGCAGCGUCAAGAAGAUCACUGCGAGAGACGGGCACGACAGACAUCACCCAUCCCCUCGGUGGAGGCCUGUUGCGACGCGCCCUCCCCGCCAACGUAGGGUUGAUGACGCUCAUGCGGGUGUCCGGCGAGGAAGACGAAGAAGAAGAAGGACGGGGGCACCAUGGCGGCGGCGGGGCGGGUGGGGGAGGCAACCAGGCGCCAGGGCUCGGCGAUCUCACCCUCCUGGUUCGUCUCGCCCACCGCUACGCCAAGGGGGAAGACGCGGUUCUUUCUCUCCCCGCUUCGGUGGACUUGUCGCGGCUCGUCCUCGGACACACCCUCGUAAAGGCCACCGAGAUCGCGCUCACAGGAGGCGGUGCUCUCUCCUCCCGCACGCAGAGGCUUAAGUGGACGUCAACGACAGCGAUGACUGCUGGUGGAGAGGAAGAGUCCGUGUCAGCUGAAGAAGGCGGUGGUGAUGAACCGCCUCAUGUGGACGGGCUUCUCGGUGUUGGCAGCGACGGGAAGUCGACGGUUAGCCUCGGCCCGAUGGAGAUAAAAACCUACCGCCUUUCGCUCGUCCCCGAGGCGUAAGAUGCAAGACAUGAUUUACAUUUGCGGUUGAUUUGCGUCGUCUAGUCUUUAAUGUCGAAGUACGUGUCGGCCAUGUGUAGUGUAACGAUUCUCCACGAACAAGCAAGAACAGCAUCAAGUGAAUGAAAUUAUGCGAUGUUUGCGUGAACGAUUACCCGCCAGAUGGUCGAUGUACAGGAUUUUUGUCUGAAUUUAUAUAGCUCUCUCUAUGUUUUCACACACAGCUGUAACGGCAAAAUAGUUUGUUCGU